UCGUAACUGCGCGCAUCGCGGCACUGCGUGCGCCACUGCAGCUUAAAAACAGCUGAGCUUUUAAAACCACAAGAAUGCUUUCUGGAAGCUUUGUCAGUCCUUCUUUCGAGUGCUCAGAUACUGAGACAAUAAGUUCUUUUUCGUUUGUCAGUUUCGUUUAUGUUCUAAAGCGAUGAUCACCGCCAAUUCGCGGCGUACUCGAUACACCACGCGCGUUGUUAUCUCUCCUGAUAUCACUGCCAACGACGAAAUAUCCAGCAUUUUAACAGAGCUAUCAGAGUCAGAUGUUGGAGGUAGUGAAGAAGUCUCAUCUGAGGAGGAGCACAUCAUCUCCGAUGCGGAACAAAAGCACGAUGCUGAGCAAGACGCGUCUUUGUCAGACAAUUCGAGCGACCGAGCGAUCGACGAUGCGAACGAGGAUAUUUACAUUGGUAGAGACAAGAUCACCAUUUGGAAGAAGAUUCCAUGUACAAGCGGAACCGCUAACACGUUCAAGGAAGAUACCAAAAAAGAAAACGUCCGUCACUUCUGUGAAAGCCAGAAGUGCGAGAUCGUGGAUGAAGUGUCGGCUCUCUUUAAGAUUAUCGACAAUGGGAUGUUAGAGGAGAUCGUAGCCUGCACUAAUUUGCUGAUUGAGCACAAGCGCCUAUCUCGCACGUAUUCCAGGGAGAGAGACGUCAAAUGGACAACGAAGGCCGAACUGUUGGCACUGAUCGGUCUGUUGUAUCUCACCGGUGUGAAAAGAGCCAACCACACAAAUCUGCUGGAGUUGUGGACGGACGACGGUACCGGUUUGGAGAUAUGUCGCUCCACUAUGAGUUACAGGAGAUUUCUGUUCCUUCUGGAUUGUCUGCGAUUUGAUGACAGAAGCACUAGGACCAUGAGGCUGAGGACGGACAAGCUGGCGCUCGUGAGAAACGUCUGGGAGAAAUUUGUACAAAACUGCAGGGACUCGUACUUGCCCAGCGAACACCUCGCCGUUGGCGACAGACUGCAGGCGUUCAGAGGCAGCAAAUGUAGCUUCGUGCAAUAUAUGGCUAACAAGUCGUGCACAGCAGCGAAAUAUGGGCUGAGGAUCGUCGCUUUGGUGGACAUCAAGACGUCUUUCACCUGCAACAUGGAACUCUGCUGCGGUCAACAACCUGACGGUCCUUACAGGCUCAGUGACGACCCUGCGGCCACCGUGCACAGGCUGAUCAGUCACGUGAAAGGUUUCUUCGCCAACGUGGUGAGCUGCGACGGUCGUUACGCAAGUUAUCCGCUCAUUGUCUCGCUCUUAGACGACGGGAUAACGUUUCUCGGUGCGGUGGGGACAGCUCAACCGGAGGUGCCGUUGUGUUUUUUACCACGUAAAUCACGGCCCGCUGGCAGUUCGCUUUUCGGCUUCCGCGACGAUGUCACACUGGUGUCGCACGUAUCCCAUGAGAAGAACAAGAAGACCCUCGUUAUGCUGUCGAGCGGGCAUCACGACGCGGACAUCGACCCGCGGACCAACAGACCGGUGAUCGUGGAGGACUACAAUGCGGCGAAAGAUGCGAUGGAUGCGAUCGAGCGAACGCGCGCGAUGUACUCCGUGUCGAGGAGGACAACCAGGUGGCCGUUGGCGGUGUUUUUCGCGCUGCUUGACGUAGCUGGAAUGAAUGCUCAGGUUCUCUACAACGUAUCUCGCCGGGAGUCGCCGCAUAAGUACCGAAGAGUCUUCCUGAAGAAUCUCGCGCUCGCAUUACUGAAGCCGCAACUGCAGGAGCGAGCGAAGAUCAAGACGUUACCUCUCAACAUCCGGGCGGUGAUCCUGCACCAAGUGGGUGACUGCGAAGGCAAUCAGCACGAGUUGGAGCAGAGUUCCUCGAGGAAACGCAAUCACGAAGUGAUGAACGACGAGGGCGCAGCCAGGAAGAAAGGUCGAUGUUUCAUGUGCGGCCGAGCGAAGAACACCAGCACGACGCUCAAAUGCCACAACUGCUCGAGGUUUACGUGCAAGAGGCACAUGGCUUGUAUAAAGUACACCUGCGAGAAAUGCGAGACCAAAGCGAAUGAAGACUCAUCCGACUCGUCAGGCGAGACGUUUCGUACAUAACUUCGCGCACCACCUCUCGAACCUGUAAGAUAUCACUGUAUAGAAGAUCAAACCGUUAAUGUUACCAGAACUGUUAGGACAUCACUGUACAUUGCUUCGAUAUUUAUAACGUGUGAAUAAAUACUUAAUAAAAGGAUAUUUAAAAUUAA